AUGAUUGCCGAUUUUAGAAAGCGCUUUUGGGCCACGCUCGCCGCCACCGUCCCGAUCCUCGCGCUUGCGCCGAUGAUCCAGGGAUGGCUCGGCCUUGAAGAAGCCCUCGAAUUUGGAGGCGACAGCUAUGUGCUCGCAGCGCUGUCGACGCUUGUCUACUUCUACGGAGGCUGGCCCUUUCUGACCGGCCUUUGGUCCGAGGUCCGCUCCGGCCGCACCGGAAUGAUGACGCUGAUCGCAGUCGCCAUCACUGCCGCCUAUGCCUAUUCCAUGGCCAUGGUCGUGAUCGGCAGCGAGGAGACCUUCUUCUGGGAGCUCGCGACGCUGAUUGCGAUCAUGCUGCUUGGGCACUGGAUCGAGAUGAAGUCGGUCAUGGGUGCGGGCAAGGCCCUGGAGAAACUUGCCAGCUUGAUGCCGGACACGGCACAUCUGGUGGAAGCCGAUGGCAGCGUUCGCGAAAUCGCCGUUUCAGAACUGCAAGGCGGCGAGACGCUUCUUGUCAAACCGGGUGAGAAGGUUCCCGCCGACGCGGUCAUCGUGAAGGGCGAAUCGUCUUUGAACGAAUCCAUGCUCACCGGGGAGUCCAAGCCGAUUCACAAGGCGCCCGACGCCGAGGUGAUCGGCGGAUCGAUCAAUGGCGAAGGAGCAUUGACGAUCAGAGUCGCCAAGACGGGUGAAGACAGUUUUCUGUCAAGCGUCAUCAAACUGGUCGAAGAGGCGCAAGCCAGCAAGUCGAAAACCCAGGAUCUGGCGAACAAUGCGGCGCGCUGGCUGACUUUCAUCGCCCUUGGAGGCGGGCUUGUCACGGUUCUUUUCUGGACACUUCUCACCGGCCAAGACUUCGCUUUCGCCAUGGAACGCGCCGUCACCGUUAUGGUCAUAGCCUGUCCGCAUGCGCUUGGCCUCGCCGUUCCGCUUGUCGUCGCGCGCUCGACCGCGAUCGCAGCUUCCAACGGUCUGCUCAUUCGCGACCGGACCGCGUUCGAGGAAGCGCGAAACACCGAGGCAAUCAUCUUCGAUAAAACCGGCACGCUGACCAAGGGCGAGUUCGGCAUCACCGAUACUCUGGUCUUCGACGAAGCCUUCGGUGCGCGUGACAUCGUCUCCUAUGCGGCGGCCGUCGAAAUGCAGUCCGAACAUCCGAUCGCAAAGGGUAUCGUCAACGAUGCGGAAGACAUCUGGACCGUCGACCAUUUCAGGGCGAUUCCCGGCAAGGGUGCCGAGGGCAAGGUCAAGGAUCGUGACGUAAAGGUGGUCAGUCCCGGGUUUGUGCGCUCGCGGGGAAUAUCAAUUGAUGAUCCGCGUUUUGAAGAACUGAGCGCGCAAGGCAAGACCGUGGUCUUUGUGCUCAUCGAUGAUGAACUUGCUGGCGCUAUCGCGCUUGCCGACAUCAUCCGGCCGGAAUCCAGACAAGCGAUCGCCGAUCUGCAGGCCAUGGGCAUACGCUGCAUCAUGCUCACCGGCGACAAUCAGCAGGUUGCCAGUUGGGUCGGCGAGGAGAUCGGUCUUGAUGAAGUGAUCGCCGAGGUUCUGCCACAGCAGAAAGCAGAUACAGUCAAGGAGAUACAGAGCCGUGGAUUGAUCGUUGCGAUGACCGGCGACGGCGUCAACGAUGCUCCCGCCCUGGCACAGGCCAAUGUGGGUAUCGCCGUCGGCGCAGGGACCGACGUCGCGAUCGAAACGGCCGACAUCAUUCUGGUGCGGUCCGAUCCCGGCGAUGUUGCCGCUAUCCUCGGCCUCGCCCGGGCGACCUACGGCAAGAUGAUCCAGAACCUUGCUUGGGCGACAGGUUACAACGCGUUUGCGAUACCCGCCGCCGCCGGGGUGUUUUUUCCCUGGGGUCUCGUCCUCAGCCCCGCAAUCGGUGCAAUCUUCAUGUCGGCCAGCACGGUCAUUUGCGCGGUCAACGCGCAGUUGUUGACGCUCAAGAAGCACCGGAACGGGGCAGGCACGGCAACAUCACAAAGCGCGGACCGGUCAGCGCUAGCGGGCGGAUGA